AAGCACUAUUUUCGUUGAUGGAGUAUACGAUGUUCUCGGAAACAAGAGCAUCAAAUUUCGAGCAAGACUAGACCAAUUAGGACCAAAUUGGUACCUCGGCGCGUAUUUCUCGGAAUGGGAAAUAAUGAUGGGUCGAAAGCGGUGGACGUGCCCAGACUCUUCCACAGUUGGUUUCUUCGAAGUCGUGACGUAAAAAGAAAGCACAGCGAAUAAUAAGUAAUCGGAUAUUUUUGCGAGUUGAUCAUUUUUGGCUAAAAUUAGUCAGAUAAUAAUUAUCAACGAUUGAAGGCUAAUUAACUCGGUCCGACUGAUUUCGGGUAUAAAGCGUUCACAGCAUUCAAGGAUUCGUUUCUUUGCGGCUGUCGGCGUUAGUUAUUGUAGAAAAUAAUUACGUAUUGGUUUAGUAUGUGGGUACCUUGAAAAUUCGCGAAUAAAUAGGGUCCGAAGGUCGCCGUGUCAUCAAUUACUCAAGUUUAUAAUAAAGUCGGUGCGAGGAUCUUUGUUUGAUUUUGCGGGCUUGCGUUAAAUGUAAAUUUACAAAAUUGUUCGUAGAAGUGGCCAGAUAAGGCAAAUUAUUUAAAUUGGAAUUAAAUGACCUCAAUUCAGAUUUGACGACGUCAUGUCGCCUGAUGCAUUACUACGUCUACUCACCUACAGGAUAAUCAUUAUUUUUUACAAGUAAACUGGCAUGGGGGUGCCAUGGCUUGCCCAGGUGCGGUUGCUGCACAUGGCCAUCCUAGUGUUAGCCACGGCGACAUGUCUGCUCUACGUGGCAUACAUAACCUCCCCACAACUGACAACCACAGCUUCCCCUUUACGUACUUUAGCGUCAGAAAUUCGAGCAUUCCAAGGUAACACGACCCAAGCCGAAGCGGCGAGGAAUAUAACAGCGGCGCCCCCGAAUAGCGGCUCUUCGGAAGCGCCGCAGCCCCAGGUGGCCGCGUCGAUCGCCGUGCGCAAUGCCACGGCGAGCAACAGCAGCCAGCCGGACAUGACCCGGGGCAUCGCGGCGGAGAUCAUCUACGAGGCGGGGCACGUGGACGUGAGCUCGCAGAUGUGUCCCGAUUUGGGGAGGGACAUCAAGCUGCUGAUCGCGAUCACGUCGGCGCCGAGCCACGAGGGCGCGAGGAUGGCGAUCCGCGAGACCUGGGGGCACUUCGCGAGCCGGAAGGACAUCGGCAUAGCCUUCAUGCUGGGCUCGAUCUCGAACGAAACCGUCAACUCGAAUAUUGAAAAGGAACAAUACUUAUACGGUGAUAUUAUACGUGGGAAAUUUAGAGAUACGUACGACAAUCUUACUCUUAAAACGAUUUCGAUGUUAGAAUGGGUAGAUAAUUACUGUCCGAAAGCAGCUUUUGUACUUAAAACCGACGAUGAUAUGUUUAUUAACGUGUCGAGGCUGUUGGCUUUCAUAGCGAAGCACAGUCCAGAGCAGAGGGCGAUCUACGGACGACUGGCGAAGAAGUGGAAGCCGAUCAGGAAUAAGAAGUCCAAGUACUAUAUUUCUCCAAAUCAAUAUAAGCCGGCGGUGUUCCCGGAUUUUACGACCGGGCCGGCGUAUCUGCUUCCCGCGAGACUAUCGAAAGAACUGUAUGUAGCAGCACUUAAUCACACUUAUUUUAAAUUAGAAGAUGUUUUCGUUACCGGAAUUGUAGCCAACAGUUUAAAAAUCAAACGUAUCCAUGCACCAGAAUUUUUAAACAAGAGAGUCUCUCUAACCCCCUGCAGCGUACAACGAGGAAUCAGUAUCCACAUGGUCAGGGGAGUUGAACAAUACGAUCUUUGGAAAAAACUACAUGAUGUUGCUGCUAAGUGCAAAAAAUAGUUCGUGCUAGCUCGAAUUCUGUGUGAUCAAGACAAUUUUUUUCAAUUGUGUAUAUUUUCAUAUGAACAGUAUUUUUUAAUUAAAUUAUUGUUAUUUUAGAUAUUCCAUGGGUCUAGCGAAACAGAAACGAUAAACGUGCUUUAGCGCAACUGCGUCUUUUUACUCAUGUCUGUACAAGUCGCGUUCUGUUUCACUACACCUAACCUCAAACAUAGACAACUCUUAAAAUGAACAUCACUAUUUAAUUUUUUUAUUAAUUUUGUUAUAACUAAAUUACAAAUAAAAAAUUAAUAUUGGAACAGAAAGCUGCAAAUUAAUGCGAAAACGUAUUAAACUUUGUUUAUAUAUACAUAAACAUAUAAGUUGCAUAAAUUUAGAAUUCAUUUUUAUAUUCCCUGUAUAAAGAAAUAAUAAAAGUAUUGUAAAUAAAGUUACCAAUUCA